UUGCAGACGUCCAACAUCUACCAAAAGGCCAAGCUCUCUCUCUCUCUCCCUCAUCUCUGCCCAUGUGCCCCAUCUUGAAUUCGCAAGCUGUGGUGAUCGCCGCUGCCAUGGCGGUCUCCGGCACCGUCAUCCUCCUUGCUCUACGUCUCCAUAAGUCCUUUUAUGCCACCGCCCAAUUCCCCGUCAGCCAGUCCCCGCCACCUCAAUCUCUCCGUUCCUGCCUCACUCCAGAGUGGAAGAAGAGGGAAGACAAGAAAAUGAAGAAGAAGAAGAGGGUGCGGUUUGCGGAGGAUGUGGUGGACACAGGUGGGAGCAGUGAAGAGUUCCGGAGGCGGCGGCGUUGUAGAAAUAGCAACAGUUUGCCUUCAAAUUCGUCGUCGAAGCAAGAAGUCGUCGGAGGAAUGCCGGCGAACCGUAUGGCUCUGUACAAUGGGAUUCUGAGGGACCGCUGCUUGGUUCAUCACCGGUUGGCAUACUGGCACUGCUUCUGAUUUUUUGUCUUUCUGGACUUGGUGUUUCUGUACAGUUUCUGAUUUUGCCCCUCUAGUUUGUGCAAAUUACUCUCCCACCCCCCAGGGAUUAGUUUGA